AUGCCCGAUGUAACCCUACCAUCCUGGUCAAUGCUGCAGUCUCGGGAGGACCAGCAUCCAGGGGGAGAUCCUGAGCCUUCCAUACUGGCAUGUGUGGGAGCACCUAAGCGAAUUGGCUAUGAUAAGUCAGAUGUUAAUACUGUCAAGCAGGGGGAUGCUAGACCAAAAUUUAGGGUGCGCUUACAGCCUGUUCACCGAUGUGCCAACAGCAUGUGCACAACCCUGGCAAAUCACUUCACUCUGUGCCAAACAAGUGAUUGGCGUUUUUCACAAAGAAUAUUGGGAAAUAACAGAACGGCACCCAAAAUACCAGUGCCAGCGGGCAGGCAACGCUUUGGCUUUGCCAGUUCCCCUCCUUCCCAGAGGCCUGCAGCCUUCGCGAACAAGCUAGAGAGCGACUGGGGAGGGCAUGACCGCCGGCCACUGAACAACAAACUCCCCAGCCCGGACUCCUGCGGCCGUCUGUGCCGAACCCGCCAGACACAACACGGCACCUCCUCCGCCUGUCAGCGGCCCGCGGGCCCCGGCAGCGCCACGCGCCGCAGACAAUGGCGGAACAACGGCCCCGUCGCGGCUCCCCCGGCACCCAAAGCUAGGCCUUGGAGGCGGGGAGAUCGGGCACUCGGAAGCGCCAGCAACCUAUCAGAAUAUAAAGCCCGCCCACCGCAGGCGCCUAUUAUUUACAGCGCCAGGACUGAUUUGAGCAAGCCAAUCGGAGGCGGCGAGGGAUGGCGGUUUGAAUUGGGGCGGGAGCGGCCGGCCGCGGUGCGCGGAGUGGGGGACGGCCGGCGGCGGCCGCGGGAACGGUCCUUCGUCAUGGAUUUCGAUAAAAUGCUGCAGGAGGGGCUGCGGCGCAGCAACGAGCGGUUCGUGGCGUCCAUGACUAAGAUAUUAGACCAGUAUAAUCGUGACUUCAAAGACGACAUCCUGGUGUCCAUGGAGACCCUGACUUACGAAACAUCUGAAGGACCAAAAGAAUGGGAGAAAGUAUCUAGAAAAACUAUAAAAAAGUGGAAGAAAGAAAUACUUACGCUUAAUAGUCACCGUGCAAGCAGCACAGAGGAGCAGAGCAGUGAUUUUGAAGAUGAACACUCAUCAGUACACCAGGAAUCUUCUGAGAACUCUGAUGCAGAUACAUCUGAUACAGGACCACAAGAACAGGAGAAAAUGUCCAAGAAGAAUGGUCAAACAGGGAAGAAAGGAAUUAGGCUUAAUAGUCACCGUGCAAGCAGCACAGAGGAGCAGAGCAGUGAUUUUGAAGAUGAACACUCAUCAGUACACCAGGAAUCUUCUGAGAACUCUGAUGCAGAUACAUCUGAUACAGGACCACAAGAACAGGAGAAAAUGUCCAAGAAGAAUAGUCAAACAGGGAAGAAAGGAAUUAGGCUUAAUAGUCACCGUGCAAGCAGCACAGAGGAGCAGAGCAGUGAUUUUGAAGAUGAACACUCAUCAGUACACCAGGAAUCUUCUGAGAACUCUGAUGCAGAUACAUCUGAUACAGGUGAAGAAAGUGGUGACGUAGCCUCAGUAGAAAGAAAAUCUAAAGACAAACACCUCAAGAAUCUGAAUGGAGAUGAUGGACAAAUCCUAACGAAAAAAAGAGUUCCAGUGGAUGUGAUAUUACAAGGUGAUGAGAGAAAUAUUCCCAAAUGGAUAACGAUAACAACACCAAGUUCGUCAAAAAGUCAUCGUUCAACAUUGCCAGGGCGAGAACUGCUUGGUGAAGAAAGUGGUGACAUAGCCUCAGUAGAAAGAAAAUCUAAAGACAAACACCUCAAGAAUCUGAAUGGAGAUGAUGGACAAAUCCUAACGAAAAAAAGAGUUCCAGUGGAUGUGAUAUUACAAGGUGAUGAGAGAAAUAUUCCCAAAUGGAUAACGAUAACAACACCAAGUUCGUCAAAAAGUCAUCGUUCAACAUUGCCAGGGCGAGAACUGCUUGGUGAAGAAAGUGGUGACAUAGCCUCAGUAGAAAGAAAAUUGAAAAGUGUUCAACUUAAGAAUCUGAAUGGAGAUGAUGGACAAAUCCUAACGAAAAAAAGAGUUCCAGUGGAUGUGAUAUUACAAGGUGAUGAGAGAAAUAUUCCCAAAUGGAUAACGAUAACAACACCAAGUUCGUCAAAAAGUCAUCGUUCAACAUUGCCAGGGCGAGAACUGCUUGGUAAUCAAGCUGCUGUUUGCAGAAAGAAGCUAGAGUUUUCAAAUGAAUGUUCUUCAUCCAAAUAUCCACAGUUACAACAUUCUGCUAUUCCCAUUUCAUCAAAUACCAUAGCCUCACCCAGACAUCGACCUUGUCCAGAACUGAGCAUGACUUCAUGUGGUAGUAUCCUUGGAGAUGAGGAAUGCUCUUUGAGCAGUCCAACUCUUUCAAGCUUGUAUCCAGCAAUGGUAGAGAUAUUUACAAAGCUCAUGGCAAAGCAUUCUCAGAGAAGAGUGUUAAAGUACUUGUUUGGACACUUAUGGUCCAAGAGACGGCAUUCUAGAAGACCAAGGCUCAGAAUCACUGUAGACAAAAUGAGACAGUUCAGACCCUGUAAAUGUGAACUAAAGAAGAAAGGAUUUCACAAGAUGUGUCGCUGUAGAAGUGAAGACAACCAAAAUCUGACUUAUGGGAAUGAGAGCAGAGAAUUCUGUUGUGACAGUUGCCCCAUUAGUAAACCAUCUGGUCUGGUGCCUUAUGCAUGUGCUGAUACAAAUGAAAUCAAAAUAAUGCACUACUCUGACUCAAGUUCAGAACAACCUUUGGCAUCUGGAAAAAGCCAAGAAGUCUGCAAACAUUAUGCUGUUCCUGAUGUUAUGGAUAGAAUAGGAGAGACAUUUCUAGUUGAAAAUAAAUUACAGACUACUGCCUCACCAAAGAAUUCAGAAUACACAGAAGGUGAAACAUUUACUUACAAACAUUUCUCAGAACCCAGUUUUAUAACGUCUACUGCUAGUUCAGAUUCAAGAGCAUUUCAUCUUGUAAAAGAGAGGAAGACUCAGAAAACUGACUUCUAUGUUGGUACCUCAGAGUUGUAUUCAUCUGCUUGCAGUUCCCAUGGCAAUAGAAACAAUUCUAUACCUACCACAAAUUGUUCUCCUGCAAGAUCAUCAAAUGUGUUCGUAUAUCCUCAAAAAAUAACUUCUUUCCAGCACAAAGAAUCAUUUUCCUCCUGGAAGCAGAGUUCUUCAAAGACAGACAAAGAAAUAGAUGCUGCAUUUGACCAACUCUACUACAGAGUGAUUUCUGGAGAAUACCUAAAGCCUUUGUCAUUGACAAGACCUCUGUUAAACUCACAGAACCUUGAAGAGAAAGGAGAAUUAGUGAAGAGUAAUCUAAGUGUUUCUGAGAGGUCCCUUAAACAGUGUGAUGUAGAAUUUGAGAAACUGUGUGGGAAGCCUGUUCCAAAAUCUCCUGAGCUUCAGACAGCUUCAAAUUUCAGGAAAUAUGAAGGAAUACAGAUGCCUGAAACUGUAAAUGCUCUUGUUAAUUCUCCUGUCCAAAGAUAUUCUGCAAUUUCCAGUGUUAAAAGAGCAGGAAAUUUUCAAUACCCUCUUCCUUGUUCACCAGUAAAGCGACUGAAAUUUAUACCAGGACAUUGUUUUUCCGCAAGCAAAUGUCAGGAGAUUUCCCACAGUAAAGAGGAUAAUCUUCAGACAGGUGGCAUGGGUUUUUUCAGCACGUUCAACUGUAGCAACCCCAGCUUUUUUGCUGAUCACAACUGUCAUUGUCAGCGUUCUGCAUCUCAUGAUUCUUUAGAUCAAAGUUUUCUUGGUAUUCCUGGCACUUCCCUGCAAGAAUCUGGGACUGCAGAUGCACGCUCUGGUUGGCCUGGGGCAAUGGAGAAUUGCAGCUGUCGGAGAAAUGUGAGCAAUUGUCACCCAAGGGUAUACAGAAAACUAAGCUACACUGAUAGGAAAGACCAAUUGUAGGAAUCGCUUGGAUGACUCUCUGGUUAAAGCUCACCAAGAAGCAUUAAUGCACUGUUACAGUUUAAAAAGUUUUAUAUAGGUUGGGUUUUAUUCAGUGUUGUUUCUUCUUCCAACAAUCAAGUAUGUAUAAUUAUAUGUUAGCAAUACACAACUAGUUCUGGUUUAUACUUCCUUGUAGUUCAAAUCUUUGGGAAGGGGUUUUUCCCUUUUAACAGGGAAAAUAUAAAAUAUUCAGUUCUUAUUCAAUUUAUGGCUAAGUUGGAUUUUUAUAUUUGACAGUAUUUGUAAUAACAGAAUGUGAUCUGUAUUCUUAUUUGCUGAUAAGCUUUGGUUCUUAUUGUAUUAAUAAUAAGGAACAAGCUAAUUUACCUAAAUUGCUGCUCAUUUAUGUUUGAGUCUCUCAGUACAGAUCCAAAUUCAUUGCUAUGUUAAUGUUAACGUUUUCUAAGUAGAUCACCAAAGUUGGUAUAAUAAACUUUGAUUCUUACUGUGUUAAUAAUAAGGAACAAGCUCAUUUACCUAAAUUGCUGCAUAUACGUGGUUUUUGGAUGCAUCAGUACAGACCCAAAAAUCACUACUAUAUGCUAUGACUUAAGUUUUCUAUGCAAUGUUAAUGUUAAAAUUUUCCAGAGUUGAUUGUUCAAUAAAAUUUUAUACUGUUUAGUAGGUUUGAUAAUUGCAUUCUCUGUUUUGACAAAGUUGUACCUGACACAGUACAUGUUCUAAAUAAAAAACUAUUCUGAACAAA